AUGUAUCCUAGUUUAAAUGGUUCUACUAUUGGGAGUAUAAGACAAGAAGAUGAUGCUGAUUAUACUGCCACAGCUGAUGGAACUUUAGUUGUUAUGGUAAUACGAGCCAAACAUUUACCUAAUCGACGUAAAUUGGAUAAACAAUCACCUUAUGUUGUUGCUCGAAUUGGAACUGUUGCUAAAAAGACUCUGGCAGCAUUCCGAGCGGGACAAACUCCUGAAUGGACUCAUGAAAUGAGAUUUGAAUUAUCUCGAGAAAAGAAACCAAUUUUAAAAAUUGAUGUAUUGGAUGAAACGAAAAAUGAUCCUACUCCAAUUGGUAAUGUUGAAAUUGAUGCAUCAGUAAUAUUUACUAAUCCGGAAAAUAAUGAAAAUGGGAAAUAUAUUUAUGAUAAAUGGUAUGAUUUAACAUUAAAUGGUAGAAGAGCCGGGAUGAUUUAUUUAGAAAUGACAUUUUAUCCCACAGCACCCGUUUUACCUCCGAAAAUUCCCAUUCCUCAUGAGGAAGUGGUUGUAAUUAAUGAACAAGAUGAUUAUGAUACAGCUUCAGCAAUGGGACAAAGUAUGAGAUCAACUAUUUCAUCCAAACAUAAGGAUUUACCUACUCCUCCAUUUAAUCAACAACAACAACUACAACAAUCACACAUGAGUGGAACUCAUAGUCACAGUGUUGCUGAUGAUGUUUUCGUUAAUCUGGAAAAUUCAAAUAGUAGUAAGACAUCAUCGAUAUUUCUGAAAAAAUUUUCCAAAUAUAGUGGCAGUGGAGGUGGUGUUAAUUCUACAAAUAGUACCAAUAUCGAUCGUGAAGUAUUUGUUUCAUCAGAACUGGAUAAAAAUCAUGAUAAUUCUAAGAAAGGAGCUAAAAAAUAUACUCUGAAAUUAGCCAAAUUUACUGAUAAAUUUCAAUCUAAACAACCUAUUUCUACACUUUGGAAAAAUAGUGAAGCAAUGUCAGAUAAUAUUAAUGCUGAACAAUCUACUACCACCUCCAUUGGCACAACUGGUACAGCCCCAAAAGUCUUUAGUUCAUUUAAUACUAGAAGAAGUGUAUCGCCUUUAAGUGAUUAUGGAUCAAAUGAUUUAGAUCAGUUACAACGAGAUCUUUCUCAUACUCAGCUAAGCGAUGAUUAUAAUAAUAAUAAUAAUAAUAAAGAGCAUACUAAUUUUGAUAAGAAUAUUUACGAACCAUUACCUGAAAUUGAAUUUAAUUCACCACCAGUUCCUCCUCCACAUUUGAUUAUUUCCAAUACUGAAGAUACUUAUUAUAAAUCAAAUAAUGAUAAUGAUAAUAUAAAUACGUCAUCAAGAUUAUCAUCAACAUCACCAAGAAGAAAACCACCACCACCAUUAUCAUCAUCUCCCAAAACCAAUAAUGCAAAGAGUUCACCAUCUACUACUAAUGGAUUUAAUCCAAAAUUUGAUUUAUCAAAAUCCACCGCAAUUCCAUUUUCUGCCGAUACUAUAGGAAUCGACGACGAUGAUGACGAUAAUCAUACAUUAAACAAGAAUAACAAGGACAUUUUACCAACACAAGUAUAUUUAUUAGAUCAACCAGUGAAAUCAUUAAGUAUCCCAUCAAAUACUCAUGAUGGAUUACCACCAGUCAAUAUUAAUUCUGAUGAAAUUGAUCCUAAAUAUUAUGCUCCAACUCCAUCGGAACAUUUUAAUCGAUCACAAAGAUUUAAUAAUAAUAGUAUUACUAAAGAUGAUUUAAAAAUCGAUUUUAGAACUAAUCAAACUGGUUAUUUAGGUAAUGGGAAUUUUUCUCCUAGUAUUUUCCAAAGAGCCGUAAAACAUAAUUGGGAUGAUCUGUCAACUAUGGAAGAUAUUGAUUAUAAUGAAUUUAGUAGAAGUGGUGUGUGUGAUAGUUCUUUGAAGCCAGAAGUUCCACCAAAAAUCCCAAAAGGGUUAACUGAAUCUGAAUAUUAUAUACUUGAAAAAGAGAAAUAUUUACGUGAUUUACGUGGUAAUAGAAUUUGA